CAGUCACGUGAUUUAAAAUGUUCAGAAUGGCGCGGAAAUUUGUCACAUCGCUUCUCAAUUAAACUUUCCGACUUUAAAGUUUUGUUUAUGUUUUAAAUUUUAUAUUGUUUUGCGGACUUUUUCCGCCCGUUUGAGUAAGUCUCGACCUUUUGCGCUCACUUUCCUCAGCUUUAGCGCGAGAGUUCAAACCGACUCUAGUAGCAGGGCUAAUUGUGUGUUUUGCUGCGUGGCUUCAGGCUUGUAUCGUGUGUUUUGUGUUUAUUGGUAGAAAUGAGCGUGUUGGAGGUGAAGUUCGUUGGGGAUGGGGAUGUUUUGGAGCACAUCGUGGACAAACAGGAGGUAUUGCAGAGCAGUGCUGGCUCUGGGCUGAGGAUGGUGAAGUUUAAGAGCCCGGCUGGACAGAGGGAAUGCCUGGAGGAGACUCGGUGUGAUGGAGAUGAAAACGGAGUCCAUGAUGAGCUGGGUUAUGUCCGAGCUUUAGGAACUGAAAACGAUGAAGAAGUAGACGAUAAUCCUUCUAGAGUUGCUGGUUCCUCCAUCUUCACCUUCCAGAAAGUCAAACGAAGUCACAGCUUGGCCCAAACUGCGAGCGAACUGGCUCGGACCCCGGGAAAAAGCGUGAGCUUCACCAGGGACACAAACUCGGAACCCACCACUCCCUCUCGGACAGGCAGCAGCCACGCAGGUGAAAACAGGACACCACAGAGGAAAAAGAGUGUCCGGUUUGUCUCCACCACCCCUCACAGACUCAGGAAGAGACUUACAGCACCAACUCUUCGGUCUGACAGCGACAGUGAACUCUCCCCCUCUGACUCUGAGGAGGACGAGCUCAAAGAAGAGCAGAGAGGGAAGCAAGAGGACAAGGAGAAUGUGAAAAAGACGAGAACCCCUAGUAAAGGGCUUUCUGCAGCUCUCUACAAGACUCCUGCCAAGAGGAGCAAGAACACAGCCGAGCCUCUGAAUCAGCCCACCAUGACCGAGGAGUAUUUUGAGGCUCAUGGCAGCUCAAAGGUCCUGACGUCGGACCGGACCCUCCAGCGUUUGCACACCCCUAAGUUUGACCGGGAGACGUUGGAUCGUCUUUUAGAAGAUAAACCGUCUUGUUACUCAAAAGAGAUCCAGCAGCUGCACGACAAACACAGGAAGCACUUUAACAAAUGGAUGUUACAGCUGCAGUUGGGAUUCAGUGUUCUGGUUUAUGGUUUGGGCAGCAAAAAGGCUUUGCUCGAAGACUUCAGGGUGGCUCAUCUGUCUCAAGAGAUCCACCUGGUGGUCAACGGGUUCUUCCCCUCCAUUACUCUUAAAGCGAUAUUAAACUCCCUGACAUGUGAGGUUCUGGAGCACGAAGGAAGUUUCCGCACGCCGUCGGACCAGAUCCAGUUCAUCGCUCAGACCCUCAAAGGCAACCCAGGUCUCCGUGUGUUUUUACUGAUCCAUAACAUUGACGGGCAAAUGCUGCGAGGAGAGAAGACCCAGAGCGCACUGGGGCAGCUGGCGUCCUUACCAAACCUGCACUUGGUGGCUUCCAUAGACCACAUCAAUGCUCCACUGGUGUGGGACCAGUUCAAGCAGAGCCAGUUUAACUGGUUGUGGUGGGAGUGUGUGACGUUCCAGCACUAUGCAGAGGAGACGUCGUAUGAAAACUCACUCUUGGUGCAGCAGACGGGUGCUCUCGCUCUGUCCUCCCUCACACACGUGCUCCGCAGCUUGACUCCCAACGCGAGAGGAAUCUUCAGACUGUUGGUGAAGUUUCAGCUGGAAAACAAAGACAACCCUUCAUACACGGGGUUGUCUUUCCAAGACUUUUACCAGCGCUGCAGAGAAGCCUUCUUGGUGAACUCUGACCUCACACUGAGGACUCAGCUGACAGAGUUUAGGGACCAUAAGCUGAUUCGGACACGAAAAGGGGCCGACGGAGUGGAGUACCUGAAUGUUGCCGUGGAUGCGAACACACUGAUGGACUUUUUGGAGAACGAGAAGGAUGAAUGAAGACAAGACUUAAAAUAUGUGACCUGUCAUUUCUUGUAAAUUUAUUUGAGCCAUUCACUUACUAAAACAUUUGCAUCUAAGACAGAAUUAUUGUUUUAAAUAAAAAAUAUUAAAUAAG